AUGCGCUUUUCUCUGAAAACCGCCCUUGCGUUAGCACUGGGCCUCGCCUCAUCCUCGGAUGCGCUCAAGAUCCUCAUGGGUAAUGAUGAUGGAUUUGGCAGUGGAAAUCUGAGGGAACUAUACAAGUUGCUUGUUGAUGCCGGCCAUGAGGUGCUCGUCGUCGCGCCAGCGCAGCAACAGUCGGGCAAGGGCAGCACCGUCAUCUGGGCAGAGUCAGCAAACCUCACGAUUGCGUCCCAGUACGACAUUAUUCCUGCAGGUGCGCCAGCAGUCGGCAGAGAUCCAAACGACGAGAACAUCUGGUACUACGACGGAACACCCGCGGCGUGUACGUUCGUGGCGCUCGACUAUGUGCUUCCGCGUUACUACCCCGACUGGCAUCAGACAGCCGAUCUCUUCGUUGCCGGACCGAACUACGGCACAAACCUCGGUCCCUUCGUGAUGCUCCUGAGUGGCACCGCAGGCUCGACUUUCGCUGCUGUAUCGCGAUCUAUCCCCGGGAUCGCCACCAGCGCAAGUAAUAAGGCGGUGCCUUACUUCAAUGUAACAAGCGCCUCGGACCCCGCCGCAUUGGCUGCCAAGGUCUCCUUCGAGGUAGUAAAUGAGUUCAUCAAGAACACACCAGAAGGACAGAAAGUGCUGCCUCUGGGUUAUGGCGUCAACGUCAACAUUCCCGAGCUUGUUAACAGCACCAUGCCCCCAGUGGUCAAGACCAGGCUCACAGGCGAGGCCAACACAGACGUGGCAGUCUACAACGAGACAAGCGGCCUCUUCACGUGGGACAACGUCGACCCCUUGGCUGCUGGAAUCAAUGCUGCGUACAAUGGCGAUACAAGUCUGCCGGGCGAGACGUGGGUCGUGGCUGGCGGCGGUGUUAGUGUGAGCGUGUUCACCAUGGAUUUCUCAGCGCCGAGCAUUGAGUACACAGAGGCAGUUUAUGGCAAGGCUGAGAGCCUGUUCAGUGCUGGUUCAAGUGUAAAUAAGACGGGCUACAGCAAGAGGAUGAUCGAGGAGCGUAUGCGCAAGAGGGGAGCUAUGCUCAGCGGACGUGACGGCGGAGCAUGA